AUGGCCGUCCUAUCCCGUCUACUUCUCCCCACUGCUAUCGCAGCACUAGGAGUUUCCGGCUCCCCAGUUAGCCGCUCCUCCUGCGAAAGCAUCGAAGAUGGCUAUACCUGCUUCACCGACGUCUCCCGUAACUGGGGCAUGUACUCACCUUACUUCAGCCUGGAAUCAGAAUCCACAAUCUGUUCGGAGGUCCCCUCCGGCUGCGACGUGACCUUUGUGCAGAGUCUAMCCCGCCACGGCGCCCGAUACCCAACAGCCAGCAAAAACACGGCCUACGCGAAACUUAUUGAUGCUAUUCAGACCAACGCCACGAAAUUGGAGGGUGAUUACACGUUCUUGAAGACGUACAACUAUUCCUGGCCUGCAGCUACGUUGACACCAUUUGGUACAAACGAGUUGUAUCAGGCUGGUAUCAAGUUCUAUGACCGCUACGAGUCCCUUGCACGCGACAUUGUCCCGUUUGUGCGAGCAUCCAGCUCGGCUCGAGUCGUCGCUUCCGGCGAAGCGUGGAAUUCGGGGUUCCAGGCUACUAAGGACGCUGACCGACACGCAGACAAAAGUCAAGCUGCGCCUGUAAUAAACGUUGUGCUUGAGGAAGGAGCUACAUUCAAUAAUACUCUGGACCACAGUCGCUGCACGAACUUUGAGAAUAGUGAUCUCGCAGAUGACGUCCAAGCUGGGUUCGCGGCUAUCUUCGUCCCGAAGAUUUUGACUCGCGUGCAAGCGCAUCUGCAUGGAGUCACGCUCACAUCAACGGAUAUCAUCUAUCUAAUGGACAUGUGCGCUUUCGACACCGUGGCCCGCACGAGUGACGCCAGCGAACUGUCCCCCUUUUGUGAUCUGUUUACGGAGUCCGAAUGGAAGGAAUACAACUACUACCAAUCUCUAGGCAAAUACUACGGUUACAGUGCCGGGAACCCUCUGGGCCCAGCACAGGGUAUUGGUUUCACCAACGAGUUGAUUGCGCGUUUGACAGGCAUACCGGUGCAGGACGAGACGAGCACGAAUCAUACACUCGAUUCUUCGGCUACCACAUUCCCGCUUAAUGCGACGUUGUAUGCAGACUUUUCGCAUGACGAUGGUUUGGAACCUAUCUUCGCGGCUAUGGGGCUGUUCAAUGGGACGAGUCCGCUGUCCGAGACGAAAGUUGAGAGUAUUGAGCAGACAAAUGGGUUUUCGGCGGCUUGGACGGUCCCUUUUGCGGCGAGGAUGUAUGUUGAGUUGAUGACUUGUGAAGGUGAGAAGGAGCCGUUGGUCAGGGUGUUGGUGAAUGAUAGGGUUAUUCCGCUGUAUGGGUGUGAGCAUGAUAGCUUGGGGCGGUGUACUUUGGAUGAUUUUGUGGAUGGGUUGAGUUUUGCGAGGGAAAAUGGUAAUUGGGCUAGUUGUUUUAACUGA